AAGCUCCUCCUGCAUGGCGUGGUGCAUGCAUGGGGAGCGCGCACGAGCGAGGGCCAGAUUGGGGGGAGGAAGACAAGAAGGAGCAUGAGGAGGAGGAGCAGGGCUCAUUUGCAUGUUAUUAGCAUAGCAUGUAUAUAACCGGCUGCAGGCGGCCUGCGCCGGACAGCCGUGAAGAAAAGAAGACCAAGGAGAAGGAGACGAGGACAGACAAGAAAGGAAAACAUGUUGGACUCUUCCUCAAUUAGGAAAGGAGAAGGCCACCUUUGUCUGGGAUUAUAACGCCGCUGGAACGCUUUUUUUUUUUAAACAAAAGAUAAUUUGAUUAUUUUUAAAUUACAAUUUUCAAUCUUUCAUCUCGGAAGAAACUUUUGGGAUUAACAGUCUCGCUGUGCUUUUUUUUUCUUCUCUCAACUCCUCCGGGACGCGCAUGCGCGGUGGCGCUUUAUGAGCCGCUCCAUGCAUCUUCCUAGCGGGCCCGUUUAAACUUUUUCUUUAUUUAUUUGUAUUUAUUUAUUUAUCAUGUAUUUAUUAAAGAUGCUGCUGGGCGUCGCGGUGCUGGCCACGUUGCUAUGUCAGGGCUUCUGCUCGGGGGUGUUCGAGCUGCGCCUGCAGGAGUUCCUCAACAAGAAGGGCGCGCAGGGCAACAGGAACUGCUGCGGUGGCGGGGGGUCCCCCUCGUCGUCGUCCGCGCAGCAGUGCGCCUGCCAGACUUUCUUCCGAGUGUGCCUGAAGCAUUACCAGCCCAACGCGUCGCCCGAGCCGCCAUGCAAUUACGGAGGCGCCGUCACGCCCGUGCUGGGCGCCAACUCUUUCCAGAUCCCCGACGCCAUCCCCGAGAGCUCCUUCAGCAACCCCAUCAGGAUCAACUUUGGCUUCACUUGGCCGGGGACCUUCUCGCUCAUCAUCGAGGCAUUGCACACCGACUCCAAAGACGACCUGUCCACAGAGAACCCGGAUCGCGUGAUCAGCACCAUGAGCACCCAGCGCCAUUUGACGGUGGGAGAGGAUUGGUCGCAGGACCUGCACACGGCGGGCCGCACCGAGCUCAAGUACGCGUACCGCUUCGUGUGCGACGAGCACUACUACGGCGACGGAUGCUCCGUCUUCUGCCGGCCUCGCGACGACGCCUUCGGACAUUUUACGUGCGGAGAGCGCGGCGAGAUCCUGUGCGACGCCGGCUGGAAGGGACAAUACUGCACCGAGCCAAUCUGCCUGCCCGGCUGCGACGACGAGCACGGCUUCUGCGAGAAACCCGGCGAGUGCAAGUGCCGGGUGGGCUUCAAGGGCCGCUACUGCGACGAGUGCAUCCGAUACCCGGGCUGCCUCCACGGGACCUGCCAGCAGCCCUGGCAGUGCAACUGUCAGGAGGGCUGGGGGGGCCUCUUCUGCAACCAAGACCUGAACUACUGCACGCACCACAAGCCGUGCAUGAAUGGGGCCACUUGUAGCAACACGGGCCAGGGCAGCUACACCUGUUCCUGCAGACCCGGUUUCAGCGGCGCCAGCUGCGAGAUCCAAGUCAACGGAUGCGCCGGGAACCCCUGCCGCAACGGGGGGAGCUGCACCGACUUGGAGAACACCUACAGCUGCCAAUGUCCUCACGGUUUCUACGGCAACAACUGCGAGCUGAGCGCCAUGACGUGCGCCGACGCCCCGUGCUCCAACGGCGGCCGCUGUAGCGACAACCCCGACGGAGGCUACUUUUGCCAGUGUCCCACCGGCUACGCCGGCUUCACCUGCGAGAAGAAGAUAGACCACUGCACCUCCGCUCCCUGCUCCAACGGCGCUCGUUGCGUGGAUCUGGUCAACUCGUACCUGUGCCAGUGCCCGGACGGCUUCACGGGCAUGAACUGCGACCACACCGGUGACGAGUGCUCCUCGUACCCGUGUCAGAACGGCGCCACCUGCCAGGACGGCGGCCACGGCUACGUUUGCACCUGCCCGCCGGGCUACACGGGGCGGAACUGCAGCUCGCCCAUCAGCCGCUGCGAGCAUAACCCGUGCCACAACGGCGCCACCUGCCACGAGAGGAACAACCGCUACGUCUGCGCCUGCGUCCCGGGUUACGGCGGCCGCAACUGCCAGUUCCUGCUCCCCGAGCACGCCGCCAUCCGAGGUUCCGAGGUACCCUGGAUGGCCAUCGGCUCCGGCGUGGCUCUGGUGCUCCUGCUUCUGGCGGGGUGCGCCGUGCUGGUUGGAUUCUUCCGCUCCAAAGUCCAACGCGACGGCUCGGGGGAAACGGGCGGCGAGGGCGAAACCAUUAACAACCUGACCAAUAACUGCCAACGUGGCGAGCGGGACGGCCCGGUCGUGCUGACUCCGGGGGUGAAAAACAUCAACAAAAAGAUGGACUUGUGCGGCGGGGGGGACCCUGACGAGGGGGCGUCGCCCGGACGGCGGAGCUACAAGAGCAGACCGCCGCCCGCAGACUACAACCUGGUACGCGAGGUCAACUAUGAGCAGGCGGCCAAAGACGCGGCCUGUGAGGACAAGUGCCAAUCCCUGGACUCCUUUGAGUUUGAGGAGAAACACAGCAAACGCUUAAAAUGCGAUACGUCGGAAUUAAAUAGUCCAGAAAUGUCUGCAUGUGCGGACAACAAGUACAAAUCUGUGUUUGUCAUGUCGGAGGAGAAGGACGAAUGUAUAAUUGCAACUGAGGUGUAAAGGGGCCGGCGACGGGCUCGCUCAUUUUGCUGUACGGGAGAGUUUUUAUGCUCCUUGAUGAGAUGCUGCUCUACGCUCGCUGCUGCUGAGACCUUUGACUGAUAUUCAGACUGAGCUGGUUCUCGACUGGAAAUAGGAACCGGCGGGGUCGUUCGUGUAAGGAGAACAAAAAAAAUGUCAAGUUCACGGUUAAACGUAAACGGACGAUUAGCUUUCUGUUCUGCCUCUGUCGGGCAUCGGGGAGUACAAAUGAAGAAUAAAUAUUAAAUGGACUGUAACGAAUAAUUUAAAAAAAAAAAAAAAGAAAAGGCGCCAAGAUAGGGGUUUUGUUGUUUGGUUUUUUUUUGUUUUUUGCAAUGUUUGCACCCAGGCCUUUUUCUCAGACCCAGGAACCGCAUCAAACAGCGGAUGUUUGGCCAUAAUGGCCUCUUCGUAAAAAAAGAAAAGAAAAAAAAGGUGGUUGCUAUAUGACCUUUUAUGAAUUUUUUUGCCCUCUAAUACGCCAGUGACAAAAGCAUUGUCCUCUUCUUCCUCGAAACCGAUUGUCCUCUUUUUGUAAAAUAGAAAAGAAAAAAAAAAUUAU